AUGGCAGCGAGAACUGAAGGGCCAGCGCCCACUCAGGAGCUCCUGGAAGACGAUCGGCGGAUGUCAGAAGACCAGAGUUCAGACAUACAAGUCACUACCUCGUCCGUUUCCACGGUGCACGAGACUGCUAGCGAGCGGUCGGCACGCAUGAGAAUAAGUGAUUGGUUUGUUCUCGAAAUACUCGCGACCGGUGUAUCUGCCGGAGCCUUGAUUGCUCUAGUCGCGGUCCUCGCCAAAUAUGACGGAAAACCUCAACCAGACUGGUAUUAUAUGUCACUCAACUCUCUUAUUUCCUGGCUGUCCACCAUUUCAAGAGCAUGCAUUCUGUUCUUUGUCAGUGAGGCCUUGGGCCAAUCAAAAUGGGUAUGGUUUUCCCAGGAGGAACAGCCUAUAAGCAAUAUCCGCACCUUUGAUUCAGCGACCCGAGGCCCUUAUGGGGCUCUCGAGUUGAUUUGGACCCUCCAGGGCAGACACUUUGCUGCACUAGGCAGCCUGGCGGUUGUCCUGGCACUGGCAUUUGAUCCAUUUGCCCAAAACCUGGUCCAUUACUAUGAAGGCACAGUGAGAGAUACAUCGAAUACUGCUACGAUUUCGAGCAGCUCCUACUACGGGAGCCAUGGCGGACCUUUUCAAGUGGAUGCCUUUCCCGUCGAGUAUGCGCUGAAAACAAAUGUAUACAAUGUCUUUUUCAGCAGGGAUUCCGAGACCCCGUGGUCUAUCCCUCGGUAUGGAUGCCCAUCAACCAAUUGCACGUGGGAUUCGAUAGUAUCGUUAGAUGCCAGGGCUCUUUGCGCCAACAUAACGGAGCAUUUGACCCAGUCGUGCGAUGGCCUCUCAUCUGACGAUAUAAAUUGUACUGCAACUUUAACCAAGAGCCAGAUCGACGCGUGGGCCUUGCCUUAUGACCCCGACAGCGAAUACGCCCAAGCAGUAGGCUUCGUUGUGAAAGCUGUCAACUCAUCGCAAGCUAUCACCUACACAAACACGACAACAAGCGCAAUUCAGUUUGUCGAGCCUCUAAAAUCCUCUGGUAGCUCUCCAGGGGACCCGGUCAUAAAAUGGGAGGCAACUGAAUGCACAAUCGAGCCCGUCGUCCGCAAGUUCCGUGCAUCCGUGAGGAACAACGAUUAUAGUGAGGAAACACUUGCCAUAUGGUCGGAUCGCGCGUUAGUCAGGAUGAACUACACCGAGGAUCCUGAUUACCUUGGUACAUCUCCAGACUUUGCCUUCACUAACGACACUGACUAUCAAUGGCACUUCUACCCACCCUGGUCUGAGGAGUUGACACACCUGAAACUGCGACCCAACCAGUCUUUUAUAUACACUCUUUCAGCCGAGAAGGCCAUCGCAAAAUUCCUGCGCAUCAUAUUCACGGGCUACUACUGGCAAAAUUCGACUGAGUACGGCUAUAAUUCUACAGAUCCCGAGGCAGCCCUGUACGCAUCCAGUGACGUCCUUCAAUCGUUCCACCGCGAGGGAAGGAGUGCGUGCGACUCAAGGCGGUGUGAUGUUAAGCUUGACAGAUUCAAUCGUACCAUGUCGAGCGUUGCGCAGGCGAUCGCGAAGACCUUUCGGGACUCGCAGGAUACCACUUACGGUCACCUGGAGGUGACGGUCACCCAUAUUGCCGUGCACUGGCAGUGGAUUACGCUUCCGAUAUUUGUCUGGGUAUUAGGUGCUGUAGCACUCUUUGGCACGGUGUGGAAAACGAGACGACGCAGGGCACCCAGGUGGAAGAAUGAUCCUCUGCCACUCCUGUUUCUGUACCAGGAUGGCGGGGAGAAGGAAGGUGACUGGGAAAGACCGCGACCCCGGCCGAUUCCCGAUAUAGACACUGUGAAGGUCAAGCUGCAUGGAGUCAGCCCCCACUUAUAG